AUGGUCGCCUCGUCCAACCCCACACCCCUCCGAUUUCCCACCGACCACCACCACCGAAACGACAUGGCAACAAACCUGUGUGCGACCACAAUGGUGGUGCGGUUGGCCAUGAGGCGGUCCAGCGCCUCCUGCACCACCGCCUCGCUCUCGGCAUCCAGGGCCGAGGUGGCCUCGUCCAGGAGCAGCACCUUGGGGUCUUUGAUCACGGCGCGCGCGAUGGCGAUGCGCUGCUUCUGCCCGCCGCUGAGCUGGAUGCCGCCCUCGCCAACCAGGGUGUGGUAG